AUGUCAUUGAAUGGACUUGAUGGAGCUGCAGUCGCUGAUGCACACCAGGCUGCUCAGGCGGACGCAGGAGGAUGGUUCUUACUGAAAUAUGUCAAUCGCGACACCGUUGAACUGUUGAGCAAGGGAACAGGGGGUGUGCAGGCUGUGCGUGGAGUGAUUGAGCAAUAUGCAGAGAAAUCGCCGCUGUACGGGCUGGUGCAGUAUCGGCGCAAGAAAGUGGUCCUCAAAUAUGUGCCAGAAGGAACAUCUCGAUUGCUGCAAGUGCGGCUCACCGUGCAAUUUCAAUCGGUCCUGGAAACCUUCACACCACAUGACACCGUCUUCUCCUUUGCCACGGCCUCUGAGUUAACAGAGUCCGCCCUCGGACUUUGUACUAUGCUAUUACCCUCUGCAUCUUCAUUAACCUCGUCAAGCUCCUCCCUUCGACGGCGCCGACUCAACGAAAUUACCGAAGAUGCUGAAGACGAUGUGUCAACAGAGGAGGCUGCUGCCGCCACCGCCAACAACAACAGCAACAACAACAACGAUGCUGGUCCUCCCUCUGUAUCAGAUAAGAACAUUCACCCUCCGCGGAAAGAAAGUCUGCUCACAUCCCCCAAACCGCCGGCUUCACCACUACCCUCACCACUACCUCCCUCCAUCAUCGACAAGGAGCUCCCCGCGACCCCCGAACCGACUCCUCCUUCUACGAGCGAGGGCGAAGACGCCUCCAACCCAACAACUCCUCGUCCUCACGCUCGUCACCUUUCGGCCGCCGAAUCUGACAGCAUCAGCCAAUGGAGUAGUAACGUCGCAUCGUAUACAGCAGGCAAGCCAAAGAAGAAAAAAUUGGGUCCGCGUCCUCACGUUGAGACAACUCACCGACCUAAGACGUCCGGAACAACAGACAGUGGCACAGGAAUACGGCCAGUGGCGAAUCUUCCAACUUCUAUCCGUGUGAACAACAAGUCUCUAGUCAGCCUGGGGAUUCGCCCAGGCUCUCAACAGUCGAGUCGAAGCGUACCCGGCCGUUUUGUUCCUUCCAGUCAGUCUGUGAAUGGUGCGCCACCUCUGCCGUCGCCGUCUUACCUACACGCACCAUAUAAUGCGGGGGAUAGUCGCUCUGCGAUCCUCCGGCCAUCUUCUGUGACUAGCGAUGUGUCGACCAGCACUCCAGAAAAGCUAAGAUUGAUGAAGGCUUUACAAUUGCGGAAAAGGAACAUGCUGCUUGCCCAAAGAGCAGCCACGGUUGCAACACCCGUCCUUUCAAAUACAUACCUUCACAAUGCGUCGGAGUCGAAUGCGAGCGCCAAUGGAUCGAGUACUCGUCUAUCAUCGAUUCCAAGUCACGAGCAGCUGUCAAACGUCGAUGAGGAGACGAAGCUGACUCAAUCAUCUUAUACAACAUCGCCGACCAUCAUGACAAAUAUUUCGGAAGAGCCUUCGACCCAAGCCUCUUCCGUCAGCGAACACGAUGAUUGUUCUCGUACUCGCCGCUCUUUAUCAUCGGCCACAAGCUCCUCUCUCACUCCAAAAGCUUUCUCGCAGGAAGACAAAGCCCCAAGUGCGUCUGAUGUGGCUUCGAUCGACAUAAAGCCAUCAGCUAGUUUGGGCAUGGCGCCUUUCGACAAGGACGACAAGGAUGAUUCCAAGACUGAGGUUGAUACAGCACCUGCUGACAUGGAAGCCAAAUCAGUUAUUAGAAUUGACGGUCUCGUCCCAGAGAGCAGGCCUGAACCAAACUCGGACACUCAGCCCCGACCUUCUAAUCCACCGUUAAAACAGGAUGAAGAUUUGCCAAAGAAAUCUGGUCGCUUAGGACCUCCACAAGCCCUAAAACUCUUGCCAGGUGGCAAUGCGUCUGCAUCAGAUCUCUCGGAAGAUGAUUCGUUAAUAGACGAGAUCCAGCAUGCUACCGUCCAUGAAGCUAUGCCGGUCUCAGUGGCUCGGUCGCCAGUGACCCCAAUAAUGUCCAAGGGAAGUUCAGAUCGUCUACGUGAGAUGGUUGUCAAACCGCCGAACUCCAGUCAUUCCACAGGGCGGCCAAAUCUUGUAACAACACCUGAUGGAAACCGACCCAGCAGUGGCAGCGUACGAAGCAUUUCGACUGCUCUUCCACAGUGGCCACCUUUGCCUACAGAGUCAGCUCAACUACCACUUACCAAAAAGGCUACCCUCGGAACAGGUAUCUCUAAACGCAUCAAGGCCCUGGAAGUGCUGAGGACGAAGGACGCAAGUCCCCCACGACACCCUCAGCCAGUCCGAGAGACGCAUGCCGGAACCUCUGCCUUCUCGGCGUUCAUGAAGCGCUCAUCAUUCUUGACACAGCAACAGCCUCCAAACGCCUCGACCGAAAACUCACCUCCUCGGCACCUACCCACAGCAAGCAGUCAAUAUGAAUCACAUCCAUCGGCCGCGGUGAAAGAGCCACGACGUCCGUCGUCAGAUGUGCACAGGCUACAGAAAGGCGAGACGAUUUCUGUUACCGCAAGGAUUGUUCGUGAUUCUAGCAAUAAGCAUCCCCCGUUGGCUCCAAGUUCUAGUUACAAUACUCCCCUCAAUCUGUACCGGAGUCCUCUAAUCGUCGAACACGAGAAGUCCGACCAGCCGACCUUGGAUCAGGCACUGGCUUCGAAUCAACCCAGGGUCAAAAGCCCCACCAAGUCGGAGAGAGGGCGAUUCUCCUUUUCCUCCCAUCGGUCAAAUUCUCAUCCAACCUUGCCUCGGUCUGAGUCGAAUACCAGCAAAGUGUCCAAAUCAAGCCACUACAGACGGCAAGGUCCGCGGUCAACCAGUGACGCAGCAUCAAUUUCCGAGGACAAACCGAAGUCUUCAAUGACAAGCAGGCUCAUGAAGCGGAUGUCGAAUCUCGCAAAUGCGCGGAGCAGGAAUCAGCUGACGACAAAAGAAGAGGCCACUCAGUCCCAAGUAAAUCUUGCGCGAGAACAACCUGACUUCACUCCGGAGGAUUCGAUAGCUGAGUCAUUGAUGCAUGUUGUCGACAUUGGGGACGUCAACGUACAAUUCCCAGAGUCAUUCCUAUGGAAACGGCGUUUCAUGAGGAUCGAUGACCAAGGAUUCCUGAUAUUUUCUCCACCGAUGAAUGACGCCAACAUGAAGAGUGUUAGUCGUAAAUACCAUCUCAGCGACUUCAACCGGCCAUGUCUACCUGACCUUGAACGCGAAGAGAUGGCGUGGAGUAUCCUACUCGAUCUGAAGGAUGGGAGAUGCGUGCAGUGUGCAUGCGAGAGUAAACAGGCUCAGCAACAAGUAUUACAAAUGCUCGUUGACGCACAUAGCGCAUAUCACCAGUUAUACGGAGCUGGAUGA